AAUGAAGGGCAUGGGAAGGCAUGGAAAAUAGGUUACGGAUAAUUUUAUAAGUUUGGAAACCGACCUUGAGGCUCGACCGCUCGAGUACACUCCUAUCGAGGUCCUUCACCUUUCGAGGAGAAAACCCUAAACCGACGAAACAAGCUCUCGAGUUCCUGAGCAAAAACCCCAAAACCGACGAAGCAAGGGUUUUGCUUCUUUUCUCUGCAGAAAAUUUCUCCUCCUAGGGCACCAUGCCGCAAGGAGAUUAUAUCGACCUUCAUCGCAAGAGACAUGGCUAUCGCCAUGAUCACUUCGAGCGAAAGCGAAAGAAGGAAGCUCGUGAAGUUCAUAAGCAAUCAGCUAUUGCUCAGAAGACCUUGGGUAUCAAGGGUAAGAUGUUUGCGAAGAAACGGUAUGCCGAGAAGGCUUUAAUGAAGAAAACGCUGGCUAUGCAUGAAGAAUCAUCUAGUAGGCGUAAGGUGGAUGACGAGGUUCAUGAAGGAGCUGUUCCUGCAUAUCUUCUAGAUCGUGAAACAACAACAAGGGCAAAGGUUCUUAGCAACACUAUUAAGCAAAAGAGGAAAGAGAAGGCUGGUAAAUGGGAAGUUCCGCUACCUAAGGUGAGACCUGUUGCUGAAGAUGAGAUGUUUAGGGUUGUCAGGUCUGGUAAACGGAAAACAAAACAAUGGAAGAGGAUGGUAACCAAGGCCACAUUCGUGGGACCUAGUUUUACAAGGAAGCCUCCAAAGUAUGAGCGCUUCAUUCGUCCGACAGGCUUGCGGUUCACCAAAGCCCAUGUCACACACCCUGAGCUUAAGUGCACAUUUAAUCUAGAGAUUAUUGGAGUGAAGAAAAAUCCCAAUGGUCAGAUGUACACUUCUUUGGGUGUUAUGACCAAGGGAACCAUCAUCGAGGUGAAUGUUAGUGAACUUGGUCUGGUUACUCCAGCUGGGAAAGUUGUGUGGGGAAAAUAUGCUCAAGUUACAAAUAACCCAGAGAAUGAUGGUUGUAUCAAUGCUGUUCUGCUUGUCUAGAAGAGUUUAUGCUUGGUACCGUUGUGCCCAUAUGGAAAACCUUUGUAACAUGAGAGCAAUCCAAACUGUACUGAACAAUGCAAGAUUCUCUUGUUCCAGUUAGAGUGGUUUUGCAUGGGACAGAUCCUAAUUUUGAGUAGGUUAGUAUUUUUGUUCGGUAAGAAAGUAUUGCAAGAGAAUAGAGGGAAUUUCCCAGGCUCCUAUGGAGCCCUGUGGAUCAUUUGUGUUGCCAUAUUGAGUCGGGGAAAAUUACAUUGAUAUCUCCUUAAAAUAAAAUUUUCUGAGUAGGGAUAUAAAUGGUUAAUGGAAAAUCCGUAUUUUAUUUGUA